UGUGCAUUGUGCCAUUUCAUGUUUGUUUCAUUUCAAUUUCUAAUAAUAAUGUAAGUAAUAAUUACUAAUAAUGUAAAUGGGAAAAAAAAAAUUUAAUUGGUGUUUAUGUAGCCUUUAUUCAGAUUCAGACAAGCGUGCUGGAGACACUUCAGAUCCUUAUAGGGGUCCAUCAUCCUCAUCUUGUCUCACUGGUUGUCCACGUGCAGCUACAAACCCAACCCCUGGACCUCAUGACAUCUCCCAAUCAAGGGCAGCAGAUCCAACUCAACCUGUGCUGAGGAUGUUUCCCAAGACCACACAAGGUCAGAAAAGAAGGGCAUUCAACCCACAGUGGUACAGCAAAUAUUCUUGGUUAGAGUAUUCUGUUAGCAAAGAUUCAGCUUACUGUUAUGCAUGUAGACAUUUCUCACUCCCUUCAGCGUCAGAAUCCGUAUUUACGUCCCAGGCAGGUUUUUCACAUUGGAAGAAAGCGCUGUAUAAAGAUGGAGGCCUUACAUUUCAUGACCGGUCUGACAGUCACGUUAAUGCAAUGUUUGCUUGGCGAGAAUAUAAGAAUCAUAUGCUGUCUGAUUCUGGGUUAAUGGAUUUAAUUGAUCAAGAGUACAAAAGAAAAGUUGAGGAGAACAGGAGAUACAUAAAAACAAUUGCAGAAGUUCUGUUGUUAACAGCAACUCAGAAGCAGGCUCAGAGGGGCCACCGGGAGUCAGAGGACUCUGACAAUAGGGGGAAUUUCAUAGAAACUCUAACUGUGAUUGCUAAUCAUGAUGCCCUUAUAAGUGAGAAAAUGAGAGAAAAGGGGAAUGCAAAGUACACAUCUGGAACCAUACAGAAUGAAAUUCUGGAGUGUCUUGCGAACAUGGUGAGGGAUGACAUUGUAAAGGAGGUGAAGGAGAGUGAGGUUUUCUCAGUAAUUUCAGAUGAAAGCAAAGACCUCCAGAAAAAGGAGCAGCUGUCGUUGGUAGUGAGGUAUUAUUACAGUGGGGCUAUACAUGAAAGUUUCCUUGACUUUCAGUAUGCUCAGGAUUUGGAUGCUAAGGGACUUAGUGAUAAAAUCAUACAAUGCCUUGAAAAAUAUGGGCUCAAUUACAAGGAGAACCUGAUUGGGCAAGGCUAUGAUGGAGCAGCUGUGAUGAGUGGGAAACACUCGGGUGUGGCAGCCAGAAUUCAGGCAGAGGCUAAACAGGCAUUUUAUGUCCACUGUAAUGCCCACUGCCUGAAUCUAGUCUUAGUGGACACAGUGAAGUCAGUGGCAGAGGUAGAUUGUUUCUUCACCCUCCUCCAAAGACUCUAUGGGCCCUAUCUUGCACCCAGCGCAAUUGACUUUGUACACCGACGCAUGUGUCAUUCCUAUUUUGCACCCGCGUUUUAA